AUAGCUUGGAUCACUCAGGCCACAGACACAUUCUGCACUCGGUGCUGAAUACUAAGUAAAAGCUUAAACCCUGCAGUUAAUAAGUCUUUAAAAAAAAAAGAAAAAUAAAAAAAGCUCAUCGCUGUAGAGUACCGCAAGUGAAGAUGCCAAAUAUCGUGAGGCCGGAUGACUGCAUACCUGCCAAAACUCUAUGGUUUGAUCGUAAGAAAUAUGUUACUGUUAACUUCUUGGUUCAGAAACCAAGGGAUGUACAGGUUGACAUCCAGGAAAAUAAAAUGAUUUUAAGCUGCAAAGAUGAUGAUGACAACAACAUCUACAAUGAGAUUUACUUUUAUGAUCGGAUACAUAAACAUGAUUCCAGGGAGAGGUGUCAUGAUCGCACCAUAAAUGUUUUAAUCAGAAAGAUGAAGGAAAAUGUCGCAUGGCCCCGUCUGACCAAAGACCCAGCAAAGCCGAGCUGGUUGUUUGUAGACUUUGAUAACUGGCGAGACUGGGAGCACGAAGAGGAAGAUGGAAUGGCGGAAUAUGAGCAGUACAUGGAUAUGCUAAAUGAUGUGAAGAAGAAAGGAGAGCCACCAUCAAUGGAUGACCUGGACGAUCUUAGUGACUGAAAGGCCUGAGUCUUCCCAAGAACCUCACCGAUGACUGAGAAGAA